AACUUCCGGGUUUGUACGUCACCAUGGAAACAAGCAGAGGAACGCUCCAUGAAAUCAGUUACAGAAAGUUUGGAGAAAAACUUAAAACCAACGAGAGAAAACGAAGUGUAAAAACUGUGUACAAGGAUCUACCAUGGACAGGAAGUCCGUCCAGAAGGAGAAGGAACCAGAGGAGUUCUCUGCAAGGGCGAGCAGUGCAACACCAGGCGGACUAAACAAGUACAGGACUACUCUGCUCCUUGAUAUCCAGAGGAUCCGCCUGGAGGGUGAGGACCUGGAGGCUGAGAAGGAGGAGAGGACACAGAAGCUUGAAAUCUUGAAGGCACACAUACAAGCGAUGCAGGUGAAGAUUAAAAGAAUGGAAGAGCUACACUCAGACUUUAAAAGGCUGCACAAGGAAAAAGAUCCUCAUCGAACUGAAAGACAGAGGAAAGGUGAGCGUCAGAGGGAGGAGGAGGAGAAGAGGCUGACGGAGGAGUUUGUGGAGCUGACGGAAAAGAAAGAAGAGCUGAAGCGUCAAGUGGAGAGAUAUGAUGUGUUUGAUGAAUACAUGGAGCAGGUGGUCAAAAUGACAACGUUUCAGGAUGCACAGAAGCUCACAAGUCACGUCGAGAGCCUCCUCCACUUCAAGGAGCAGCUGUGUCAGAAAGUGGCCGAGUCUGAUCAGCAAGUGGAGGAGAAGAAGAAGGCUCUGGGUGCGCUGGGGGAACAGCAUCACCUGGUGCAGCUGCAGGGGAGCAACCGGCUGUCCCAGCUCCAGACCGAGCUUGCCGAUGCGCUCUCUGAGGCCUCGACAUGGGAGAGGAAGUGGAAUCACAUUCAGGAAACGGCAGCAAAGAAAACCCUUCAGCUGGGAGCGAUAAAGAUGGCCGUGCUCAACCUGUAUGAAAUGACGGGUGGAAAUGACGAUGAGGAGGACGCUGUGGACAUAACCGACACAGAGAGGCAGUUAGACAAGGUCAAGAGAUUCAUAAGGGACCACGAUGAGUUCCUGAGACAUCUCAGUGCAAAGAGUAAAGGAAGACAAGAUCACAAAGGAAAGAGUCAAGAUCAAAAACCCCAUACUGUCUCACUAUAAGCAUCUAGUUUUGUUCAAAGACUUUUUAUAAGAAGUUGAUCUGCACUCUUUGUUUCAACUCCUCUGGUCUACCUCAGUUAACAUUCAUUUAAUGAGUUUACGUCUUAAAUCUACUGUUUCAAGUCUUCUGAAAUACAGCCUGAUGUUCAAUUUGUGAGUUUUGAUUGCCUUAGGAGUAAAAUAGAAGGUAAGGCAGGGUAUGCUACCUUUCAGCCGGGAUAGAGAAACUCAGAUACAGUCUUUGUUUUAAAGUUGAGAAGAGGUACACUGGACUGUAUUUGAGGCUGAGAGAGGACACAAGAACAUCUUACAUCACAUGUUCACACAAGUAUUGAAGCAUCAUUUCCGUUCUGUGCUCUUAUUUAAGUUCUGGCUGACUUCACACUUCUUUGCAACAUCUUUCCACUUUUGGUACCUAUGCAGCGGCCAGUUGCAUCAUGUUACCAGCCAAAGACAAAUACCAAUAUCAACACCAGAGGUACACUUCUUGUCCAGUUUCAGUUGUAACUGUGCCAAACAACAGUCGGCCUCUUCCAACAGUGGAACAUCUCUGUGGAGAUCUGUGGAGCAACAGAGCAGCUGAAACAGAUAGACACGUGCAGGGGUGUGUCAUCUGUUCCACUCAGUCCAUCGCAGUGUUGGAAAGAGAACACUAAUGUUUAUCCCAUGCUUUCUCCACCUGCCAAGUACAACAAGUACUCUAAAUUACACAACAGAAUACACUGAUUGUCCAUGUUGUCCGGGACUACACACACGUAAGCUUUUUGUAAUAGCACCGCUAUUUUCAGAAUGUAGUUUCUGGUGCUGGUAAGGUUCAGUUGGGUCUAAAACAAGUGUGUAAGAUUUAGGGAUAUUCAGUAUUUUCAUGUCCUCAAUAUUACCCCUGUACGAAGACCUGAUAAAAACGAUCUUCCUAUUCAGAGCUAGUUAGCACUAUUUGUAUAAUACCUUGGUGAAAUGAAAACAACAUGUGUCCAAACAAGCUAAGGUCUCAGGAAGUUAAUGUGAAAAGUUCUUGAAAUUGUUCAAAGAUUUCCUAUAAAACAGUUUCUGUUUCCAAUCAGAGUUUCUCGCCAAAAGCCCAUCAUGUGUACCCUUGAGCUGUGGAAAAAGUGUUGAAUGGAUUUAUUUUCUCAUAAAAAACAUUUGCAAAGUCAA